GCGGAGGAAAGUUGGAGAAAAGCUGCGCUAAUAAAAUGGAGAGAACAGCUGAGAGUGGGCUGAGGAGGCUGGCGGCGCUGGAGACCUCUGCAAUCCUGCCCUCUUACUCCCUGCGUCGAGUGCCACAAAAACAGCGAGAAGAUUGAUAGACUUUACAUUUACAUAUUACCCGAGGAGAAGAUAGUUCUCUGGUAGAACUUGGUGACUGUCCUUGUCAUCCUUGUUUAUUGUGGCAUUGAAAGCUUCUGUCUGUGCCUUUGGCUGGCACGGGUUAUGAGGAUGUGCUGCCCGCAUUGGGUGCGAAGGAUCCUGACGUGAUGGGGUGCAGGACGAGCAAGGUCCUCCCAGAACCACCAGCAGACGUGCAGCUAGAUCUUGUCAAGAAGGUUGAGCCUCAGCAAACUGAUGUCUAUAAGAACUUUAUUCGUGUGGAUGGCAGUGACAAGAAAACUGGCUCUCCUUCCCCUCAGGGUCAAAGCCAAGCUACAGGUGCUGCCACUAAUUCCCCUACGGCAGGAAAAGGCCAGCUGGAGCCCUCUGAACCACGGCGAAACAAGGUGGCCAAAUACCGGGCCAAGUUUGACCCUCGGGUGACGGCUAAGUAUGAGAUUAAGGCACUCAUUGGUCGUGGCAGCUUCAGCCGGGUGGUGCGGGUUGAGCACAAGGGUACACGCCAGCCAUAUGCAAUCAAAAUGAUCGAGACUCGAUGGCGUGAGGGUCGCGAGGUGUGUGAGUCGGAGCUGCGAGUCCUGCGGCGUGUACGCCACACCAACAUCAUCCAGCUGAUGGAGGUUUUUGAGACGGCUGAGCGUGUGUACAUGGUGAUGGAGCUGGCCACAGGAGGUGAGCUCUUUGACCGCAUCAUCGCACGCGGUUCCUUCACUGAGCGGGAUGCCACACGUGUACUCCGCAUGGUGCUGGACGGUGUGCGCUACCUGCACAUGCUAGGCAUCACCCACCGCGACCUCAAGCCUGAGAACCUGCUCUACUACCACCCUGGUGCUGACUCCAAGAUCAUGAUCACCGACUUUGGUCUAGCGAGUACACGCAAAAAGGGUGACGAAUGCCUUAUGAAAACAACUUGUGGCACACCUGAAUACAUCGCACCUGAAAUCCUAGUACGCAAGCCCUACACCAAUGCUGUGGACAUGUGGGCGCUGGGGGUUAUCUCCUACAUCCUGCUCAGUGGCACCAUGCCCUUUGAGGACGACAACCGCAUGCGCCUCUAUCGGCAGAUCCUGAAGGGGAAGUACAGCUUCUCUGGGGAGCCGUGGCCGAGUGUGUCCAACUUGGCAAAGGACUUCAUUGACCGUGUGCUCACUGUGGACCCGAGCGAAAGGUUGACGGCUGGCCAGGCGCUCAAGCACCCCUGGAUUGUUAGCAUGGCUGCUUCGUCUUCCAUGAAGAAUCUACAGCGCUGCAUCUCUCAGAACCUGCUCAAGAGGGCGUCGUCGCGCUGCCAAAGCACGAAGUCAGCACAGUCAACGCGCUCCAGCCGCUCGAGCAAGUCAGGCCGAGCACGGCGUGUCAGAGAGAAGGAGCUGAGGGAGCUCAACCGCCGCUACCAGCAACAGUACAACGGCUGAAGAAAGGAACCUGCAGUCACACUGCACAUGCUGGCAUCGACACUCCGGGACCCACUAGACAUGUGCCGAUAAUCUUUUAUACGAUAUUUUACAAACAUAUUUCAGAGUUUUGUCACUGUCCCUGAAUCCUAUUCAGAAGGCAGCCUAAGGUCUUUUCACGUGGAUCCUUCAUUGUGAAGCCAGGCUCAUAAUCCGGUUAACUAAAUGAGAAAUCAAUACAAGUUGGGGAAAAAAAGAUGGCAAACAGAACUGUCACUUGGUCUUCUCUGGCUGAGUAAUAAUUUUGUCAUUUUUAGAAUAUCCUUAUACUUUGUGAGCUCUUAAACCAUGAGGAAAGAUUAAGCAAUUAUCCUGAUAAUAAAAUAUAAUAUCGGCACAUGCCUAGGACCCACAUGCUGUGAGCAGAGGAGGUAAAGUGGAACAGGAGUGGCGUGUACUUACGAGUCUGAUGGAAGAACUCUGAGAGACGACACCCUCGUUGACCACAGAGCCAAUUAGCAAAUAAAUAUAUUUCACUCAUUCUCCAGUCCAUCUCUGUGCUGGUGUUUUUUCCUUUAUGUUCAUGUUAUUUGUGUGUUUUUUCCCUUAUUUAUUUAUUGUUAAUGUUUUUUUCAUUGUUAUAUUGUCUCUGGAGUUACUGUCUGAUUAAGCCUUUUACCUGAUUGUAUCUGUUGAACAGAAUCCUACAUUAUGAAGUUGCUGGAAGGACUACUAAAUCUGUGUUCGCUGUUUUUAGACCUUCCUGAUUUUUGCUGUGAAGUAUUUUUGUUAACCGUUCUAGUUAGUUGCUCUGUAGGGUGAUUUUGAUGCUGUUAAUUGUUUCCCGUUUAUCGCAGUUUAUUUUGCCAAAAAUCAUUUAAAAUAUGAAGGUGGAACUAUGCCUUUUCUUUCUAAAGAAACCACUUGGGUGAAGUUAUAACUUAUGGGAGCUUGUUACAGUGAGAUCUCUAACGGUACUGCUUCAAGUAAUUCCUGUCACCGCUAAGCAUUUUGAUUGACAGGUUGAGCUACAGUAUGUAAGGCUGAUUUACAGUAUGUUUUUAAUCUUUAAAUAAAAUGAACACCCCAAGCAUUUGAGCUAAUAUGCAGUACUUAUGAUUGUAUAAGUUUCAUUCAAUCGUAGACAUGUUUUAUAUGUGAACUUAUUAAUCAAAUCAGUCAGCACAUUAAACCAUUUCACAUAUUUGGUACUUAAUUUUACUUUAAUUUUUUUUUUUUUUUUUAAAGAACAUUGGGUACAUUGGAUUUAUCAUACAGUGAAUGUGCGUAUUUUGUUACGAGGAUCAGCUUGGUAUCUUGUCUUAAUUUAGGAAUUUUCCCACACUUGUGAAACUUCCCUAUUGCGUUUAUUAGUAAACAUUAACACUGUAUUAGUUUGAAAAAUGAAUGCGGUAUUUUUGGUUCUGCUUUUUCCCCACUAAAGUGGCCAAACUGAUAAAUUUGAUGCAGUUAUAACAUAUUAGUUAUCAAGCUAUUGAAAAAUUACUUUCUUAGUAAUUAGUAAUUAGUAUAAUAGUCUGCUAUACCUUAAAGUUCUUUAUCACUAUGAAUCAACACAAUAAGUGAUUUUUUUCUUUAAAACAGUAAAUUCUACUUCUUUUGGGAAAACCACUGUUUUAUAAUUUUGCGUUUUAACCGAACGACAAGGUUGUUUUUAAGGAAGGAAAUUUAACAGUGUUAUAGUUUGAAUUUACAUCUGAUGCAUUAAUAAAAUGAAUCCUUUGCCAAAUUGUCAGUUAAGGAAAUGUGCCGCAAAAAAGUAUGAGGAGUAGCAAGUUCCUGAAUUUCCCAAGACGUACAGCAUAUGGAGUUCAGUUGUUUGUGUAAACCUAGUUGGAUAAAUUUUCUGUUUGAUGAAGCUGAUCCAACACUGUCUCUUGAAGGAAAAGUGUAAAUAUGUGUUGUGUUUGUGUUGUUUUUGUUUUAAUGAAGGUUAAUGUUGGAUCAUGUUAAAUAACUUUUUUCCCCAGAAUAGUGAAUUGGAAGUUUUUAUCAAAUGUCUCUAUUAAAGAGUUUCAUCUAAAAGGUUUUUA